UCGGUUGGAGAAAAUCAGAAAAAGGAAAAAAGGAAAAAAAGAAAGAAAGAGAGAGAGAGGCCAAGUUUGACCUAGAAACCCACUCUCUCUCUACCUCAUUGCGCUAUGAAAGCCCUGCACUCCCACAACGCAUCCUUCAAUCUCUCACGCGAAACGCACGCAGAAACAGAGACUCAUCCUUCUGUGAACUCAUAGUUUCUCUACAUUCUAAGUUCUUUAUUAAGAUAUUGCCUUUGUUACCUCUAUUCGCAGAGCUAAGGAAGUGUUUAGGACUUUGUCGGUUGGUUUGUUGGAGAAUUAUUUUAUGUCUUUAAGUUCGGCAUUUUUUGCUGAGAAGAAAAUACAAAUACAGACAGUUAUAUACUCUUUGGUGGACAUCCUAUUUUGUGUGCAUUUACAUAUGAAAUGGGUUCUCGAGGAAGGCCACUAUUUGAUCUUAAUGAACCCCCUGCUGAGGAUGAUGAGGAGGCUGAUCGAGUCAUCUGCAUGCAGCCACAGAAGGCACUUCCCUCUAUAAAUCCAAACCCUUCUGACUUGUUUGCAGAAUCAGUAGUUCCCCAAGGAAUAAAAAUUUGCAAUGCUUUCUCCCAUGCGUCUUCUGGGUCAGGCUUUCAGCCUUUCGUGAGGUCCAAAGUUGACCAUGGCCCUGAAGCAGGUUCUGAACAAAAGCAAACACAGGAUCAGAAUUCCAAGUUGGCAUCAUCUUUAAAGUCAAAUUAUGGUGAUGAUGCAAAAACGUCUUCAUCAUUAGUUUCAGGUUCUGCAGUUCCUGUAGCUGUGGAAAGAGAAGAAGGUGAGUGGUCUGACAGAGAAGGCUCUGCUGAUGCAUCUGCUGGCAAUUGUCUCUAUGAGCUGGGCAAAGCUUCACAAGAUCAAGGCAAGUCUGAGUUGAUGCAAUGUAGUGCUUCUGGUAUGGGUUUUGAGAACAGUUCUGGCAGUACAAGGGUUACUGAUAAUAACAGGUUUGAAAUCAGUGGGCAUGCUUCACAGGUGCUGGAUCAGGAUCUGAAUGAUCAGAAAAGUAACAGCACUAGAAAUUCAGAUAGCAAUGUUAAUGGUCAUGCAUCCACGGAUGUUCAGGAAGAAACUGCAUUAGUUCCAAAAGCAAGAGAAGUUAAAGGUGUUGAAGCAAAUCAUGCACUCAAGUGUGCCAAUAAUAUGGGCAAGAGGAAGAUGGACCAACAUAAAGAAGCAAUGCUAGGAAAGAAGCGGAAUAGACAGACCAUGUUAAUUAAUAUAGAUGAAGUCAAGCAAGCAGGCCCUAUGAAAUCUUCAACACCAAGAAGGCAGCCAACUACAAUUCGUACUGUGAAGGAAGUUCGCACUGUCCUUCCACCUGUUGAACAUGUUGGGGAAAAGCAUGUCAAUCCGAUGAUUAAAGAUCAGAAGCAAGUUGACCUAUCAUGCAAUGAAGGGGGUACUUCGUUGGAGUCCUGCCAGGCCAAAAAUGAAAGUAAUGGUGAUGUAAGUUCUGGACAACAAGUGAAGCCUAGGAGGCUGAACAGUGAUGCUGAUUUUUCUGGAGAAGGAUACCCACCGCCCAUUCCAAGACAGAGUUCGUGGAAGCAGCCUUCCGACUUGAGGCAGCCAAAAAACUCACAAUAUCCUAAUAGGAAGCCAGCUCUGAUGAGCCAAAGCUCCAUAGAUUCGAAGUUGGGAAACAAGAAGCACCUCCCUGCCAAGAAGCCAGCUCUAGUGAGUACCCCAUAUCAAGACACAUCAGUGGAACGUCUCAUAAGGGAGGUGACUAAUGAGAAGUUUUGGCAUCACCCAGAGGAGUCUGAGCUUCAAUGUGUUCCUGGACGGUUUGAAUCUGUUGAAGAAUAUGUCAAGGUAUUUGAGCCUUUGCUUUUUGAAGAAUGCCGAGCACAACUUUAUAGCACAUGGGAAGAGUUGACUGAAACAAAUGCACAUGUAAUGGUUCGUGUAAAGAGCAUUGAAAGACGAGAAAGAGGAUGGUACGAUGUUGUAGUGCUUCCAGUGAGCGAGUACAAAUUUACAUUCAAAGAGGGUGAUGUUGCUGUUCUUUCAACCCCUAGGCCUGGAACAGUCAGAUCCAAGAGAAGCAACACCUCAUCAAAUGAAAAUGAUGAUGAACCUGAAAUUAGUGGACGUGUAGCUGGUACUGUUAGACGGCAUAUCCCUUUGGAUACUCGUGAUCCUCCUGGGGCCAUCCUUCAUUUUUUUGUUGGAGAUUCGUAUGACCCUUACAGUAAGGCUGAUGAAGAUCAUAUUCUGAGGAAACUCCAGCCCAGGGGCACCUGGUAUCUAACUGUGCUUGGUUCUCUUGCUACCACACAGCGAGAGUAUGUUGCCUUGCAUGCAUUUUGCCGUCUCAAUCCACAGGUGAUGCAAACUGCAAUCUUGAAGCCAAGUCCUGAACACUUUCCAAAAUAUGAGCAACAGACUCCUGCCAUGCCUGAAUGCUUCACACAGAAUUUUGUUGAUCAUUUGCAUAGGACGUUUAAUGGACCUCAGCUGGCAGCAAUACAAUGGGCUGCAAUGCAUACAGCAGCUGGUACAAGUAGUGGUAUGACAAAGAGGCAAGAUCCAUGGCCCUUUACUCUUGUUCAAGGGCCUCCCGGAACAGGUAAGACGCACACGGUCUGGGGGAUGCUAAAUGUCAUCCAUUUGGUUCAAUAUCAACAUUACUACACUUCUUUGCUUAAGAAACUAGCACCCCACAGCUACAAGCAAGCCAAUGAGAGCAAUUCUAACAACAUUACAAUAGGUUCAAUUGAUGAAGUUCUUCAUAACAUGGAUCAGAAUCUCUUCCAUUCUCUUUCAAAGCUGUGUCCAAAACCCAGGAUGUUAGUUUGUGCGCCGUCUAAUGCUGCAACAGAUGAGCUUCUUGCUCGUGUUCUUGAUCGUGGUUUUAUUGAUGGUGAGAUGAAAGUUUAUCGACCUGAUGUGGCUAGAGUUGGGGUUGAUUCACAAUCGCGUGCUGCACAGGCAGUUUCAGUUGAGAGGAGAACUGAGCAGUUGUUAAUCAAGAGUCGUGAGGAAGUCUCAAAAUGGAUGCAAGAUUUAAGAGGUCAGGAGGCAUAUUUCUCUGGGCAAAUAGCUGACCUUCAAAACAAACUUACCAUGGCAGCUGCUGAUGGUCGUUUCCAAGGAUCGGUUGGUGUUGAUCCUGAUGUUCUUAUGGCUCGUGAUCAAAACCGAGAUGCAUUGCUUCAGAACCUUGCAGCUGCUGUUGAAAGCAGAGAUAAAGUUCUAAUUGAGAUUUCUCGCCUUCUCAUUUUAGAGGCCAGGUUCCGUGGUGGUAGCAACUUCAAUCUGGAUGAAGCCCGCUCAAGUCUGGAGGCAAGUUUUGCCAACGAGGCUGAAAUUGUUUUCACUACUGUCUCAAGCAGUGGUCGCAAGUUGUUCUCUCGACUUACACAUGGUUUUGAUAUGGUAGUUAUUGAUGAGGCUGCCCAAGCCAGUGAAGUAGGUGUUCUUCCUCCCCUAGCUCUUGGUGCUCCACGUUGUGUUCUUGUAGGAGAUCCCCAGCAGCUGCCUGCGACUGUUAUCAGCAAGGCAGCUGGUACCUUGAUGUAUAGUAGAAGUCUUUUUGAAAGAUUUCAACAAGCUGGAUGUCCAACGAUGUUAUUAUCUGUGCAGUAUAGGAUGCAUCCUCAAAUUCGAGAUUUCCCUUCGAGGCACUUCUACCAGGGUCGUCUUACUGACAGUGAAAGUGUUGUUAACUUGCCUGAUGAGAUAUAUUACAAGGACCCUUUACUUAGACCAUAUGUUUUCUAUGAUGUUACUUAUGGACGAGAGUCCCACAGGGGUGGAUCCGUAUCAUAUCAGAACAUACAUGAAGCACAGUUAUGUCUUCAGUUGUAUGAGCAUCUUCAGAAAACUCUGAAGUCCUUUGGUCUGGGAAGAAUCUCGGUUGGCAUAAUCACGCCAUACAAGCUGCAAUUGAAAUGCCUUCAACAUGAAUUUUCAGCGAUUUUAAAGUCGGAAGAAGGGAAAGAUAUCUAUAUCAAUACUGUAGAUGCUUUUCAAGGCCAGGAACGUGAUGUCAUUAUUAUGUCUUGCGUACGUGCCUCAAAUCAUGGUGUUGGCUUUGUUGCUGAUAUCCGCCGAAUGAAUGUUGCUCUCACACGUGCAAGAAGGGCAUUAUGGGUUAUGGGGAACGCAAAUUCUCUGGUCCAGUCUGAUGAUUGGGCUGCAUUGAUAGAUGAUGCUAAAGCAAGAAAUUGCUAUAUGGACAUGGACUCUCUCCCCAAAGAAUUUCUUGUUGCAAAAGGAAUGCAGGGAAAAUCCAUCAAUACAAGGGGUUCGAGAUUAGGUGGGCCAAGACAUAGAUCUGUGGAUAUCCAUGUGGAGUCCAGAUCAGGAACGCCAUCAGAAGAUGAUGAUAGUUCAGGUGCACCUGCAAUUUCUAGGAAUGGGAGUUAUAGGCCCUUCAAGCCGCUGAUGGACAAUUCAUUAGAUGAUUUUGAUCAAUCAGGUGAUAAAUCAAGAGAUGCCUGGCAUUAUGGUGUGCAAAAGAAACAAAGUUUUUCUGGGAUUAAGAGAGACUCCUAGGCGUCUUGAUAAAUAUGUGAUAAUUCUUUUGGUAUUUGGGACAGCCGCCCAAUGUCAUUGAGUCUGGACAGUUGUGAUGCUGUCUCUUAGUGCCAGGAAGUCCUUGAUCGUUGGCUUCUUAUGCUUCGAUUGCAUCUGCUAAAACACAAUAUGAAACAAGUGCGCAACUGUAACUCCAACUGCACUGACUGCAUUUGCUAAACAGAACACUAAACAAGCUUGAAGUGCUGCGUCUAUGUUGGAUGCUUGGACUGGAUGAACAGAUAUACUGCUUUUGCAAUAUAUCUGUUCUAGUUGGAUCAGUUCCUGUGAUUUUUUGCUGGGAGAUGGGCGCUUUGAGUAAGUUGUGGGCACCUUAAUCCACCAUCUUUCCAUUUGGAGGUAAGAAAUUAUUCUGUAGUGUGCAAUUAACGUGCGAUCUAACUUGAAUGUCUGCUGAUCACUGGAUGGUGGAUAUGUUAUGAAUACCAGGAAUAGAUUGGUGGCAUCAAGAAGCUUUGACCAUUAAGAAUAUGAGAUGCAACAUUCUUGUGAUAGAGCUCACCCACCCCAUAUUGACAUUUUUUCUCUUACGUCUCCAGUUGAGGUGGGGUGUCGGGAGGCUUCCCAGUCAUGUAAUUCUGUAUCUGGCAUCUAGAUUUAUUCUUUGAAGGGCGAAAGCUACUCUAUGGUUGUCAAUUCUUUGAGAGUAGGUGCACUUUAACCUGGAGUUGGUGUAUGAAAGAUUGUAGGCACAUUCUUUGGAUGUUAAAAUGUAGUAGGAUGCAUGUAAGAUAAUGAACUGUUAACCAAACAUUCUUUACGUCCAGAUGUUUUUUUUUGAAGGGGAGGCAAGGGACAUGCCUGCAACAGAUGGAAUACUCCUAUAAUUUAUGUACAGAAAAAGGACGGAGAGUACAGGUUUUGUACAACAAUACUCAGAAUACUGGAGGCAUUUGUUGACUUUUACUGACUUGUACAUAAAUCUUCAGCUCUGCAAUCAAAUAUGAAUUUAUUUAUUUUUGGCAUAAUGAGAAGUAAUUCAUUUUUUUCCCCUA